GCGGCCGGCGCUAUCCUCAUUCCAUCCUCAAAUCUCAUCUUCCUUGGUACGAGGGAUGACUACCCUAUCUAUCAUCAUCAUUGACAAUCCAAAUCACACACUCACUACUGCUCUACUCUCCCAGCCACCUAACAGCAGCACUCGCUUUGCUACCCCCAUCACAGCCCUCCCCUUCUCUAGGCUUCACUUCUCGACCAUCGUGCUCCUUUCUAUUCCUGGCCCUUCUUCUCGCUUCCUCUCAUUUCGUAUUGAUUUACUACCAAACACGAACUGACCCGCUUGCUUACCGUGCUUCGUUUCACCAACUUUAUGACCUCGACUUCCCCCUCCCUCCUCCUUCGUCAUCCUACACUUAUUCGACACACUCGCGCGGCGAUUCCCCCUUAACGACACUCGACGCAUACUAUACAAGACAUCUUCUCCCCCAGGUGUCGUCACCAUGGACCACUCAUUUUCAGACUCGGACGCUCCGUUGAUCGCUUCAGAGCUGACCGUAAGCGACGAAAUACCAGAGGAACCCGACAUGUUCCCCCUCCCCGAUGAUGCCGAACAAAGCGGCGGGACGUUUGCGCCUCCUCCGCGGAUUGCUGCUCGGUUCUACCGCUCCUCGAACAAUCGCCGGAAAUCGUCUGCGGCCUCGUCGCGUCGCAACUCCAUCUCCUCUACCCAUUCGCAUACCUCCAACCGCUCCUUUCGCAGCACGUGUCAGAACCACCACGUCGCUCAGCACCUCCGCCGCGCAUCUAUUCUCGAAUCACGCAAAGCAAGACUCGCAGACCGAGCCGCACAUGCCGAACAGGUCCGUUUGCGGGCUGCGCUGGCCAAAGCAACACCCCGCAACUCCAACAGCGAAGAGAGGGUCUUGGCUGCCCAACAAGCUCGUGAGCGACACCUUGCACAGGUCGCUGCAGCAUGCGCCGAAGAGGUUCGCCGCGCAAAGAAGGUUGCAGAAGACAUGAAGGAGCGUAAGGCCGCUGAAGAGCGGAGGUACAGAUUGGAAAUGGAGGAACGGCUCGCUGAAGCAGAGAAGAGGAGACUUGAAUACAAGCGCAACAUGCGCCGGCCUAGGACCGCAAGCUCACCGACGAACGAAUCCAAGAAAGCUAUUCCAAAGCCUGUCCUAACCACUGAUGCCGCUGCCGAAAGGAUCCAACAUGCAUGGCGAACACGAACACGAAGGAAGCUAGUGGAUGGCUGGUUGGACUUGGGUCUAUCCAUCGACAAGGUGCAUGCGACCAGCUUUGAAGACAUCACUGCGCUCCUUGCAGAGGACAAGGUGCUCACCGUAACCGAGAAGAUAAUGUCACAUUUCGGCUUGCUAUCGGAAGGAGAUGCGACCUCUACUAAGUCAGCUGUACGGACCUUCCUCUCCACAUACCUCAUUCUGGGUCACCCAGCUCAUGUGUUGAGUCGGGAUGGCGACCAAGAGCAGGACCUCAUCACCAAGGCCAAAGACCUCAUAAUCUCAUUUGAAUCCGCCCUCUCCAAGUUGGCACCUUCCAACCGCUUCACCCCCUCUCCGACCUGGUUGGAGACCGUCUCCCUGGCUCAUGGCGCUUUCAUGACUGCUUUCAAUGACUGGAAAGCCAGAGAUUCGACAACUCUCAUCGAAACAAUGAUUGCUUCCUUCGUCAGUCUCGACGCCAUCUGGCAAAGCGUCAAGGACGAUACCGUAGACGAGGUAGCCAACGAAUACAGGAACGGUAUCAGAGAUAACCAAGCUAUCCUUCUCAGUAAGAUCAAAAAGCUCGCAGGGCCAGACAGAGCUCUGGCUUUGAUACGAAAAGCUAUUCGAGAGAGCCGCAGGUCUCGACCGAAGAAGAAGCCCGCCGGCGAAAUUGCUCGUCCUCGCGUUGCCAUUGAUUCAGCGUCUUCAGACACACCAAUUUCCGAAGAGAGUGCAAGAGCGCAAAAUGCAGCCGUGUCUGAACUAUCCGAGUCCAAUAACUCGCACAACGGUCACCAGGCGAACUCGCUAUCAAAAGUCUUUACCGUAGUUCCAACCAACCGCGUCCUCGUGCACGAACUCUCUAUCGAUAAAGAAUAUCGAGUCGAUGCCUCGCCAACCGCCGACUUGAGGGAUGCUCUUAACCGUGAGCUUUGUGAUGCAAUGUGCCGAGGCUUCGAGACUGGGGAGGGUGCAUUGUGGACGGUUGCUAUGGCUGAUAAUAUCAGGGCGAAACUGCUACGCCUGUUGAAGCCCGGCAACUCAAUGCACACUCUUAUCAGUGAGACUCUGGAUCCGGAUCUAAUUAACAGACAAUGCUCACAGGGCAUUUUCUCAUAUGAGAAGUUCUUCAACUUCAUCGCCAGUAUUCUUCCCAAGCUCUGCGCCCCGUUCCGCGACGCUGAGGUGAACGCGCUUGCAACAGAACUGAGAGAGGAUGGAACUGUUCCGGAAAUGAUUGAGAAGCUGUUCAAACUUCUUCACGUCAUUGAUCUUCUCUCUCUCGACUACUCCAACUUUUUGCUGUUGAGUGCUGCGCCAACUCUGAUGAAAGAAGCUGCUGGUUAUGAGCAGCGUAUGUUUUCGGAAGACCUGGAGGCCGGAAGAAUAACGCUGAAGCGAACACGACGGUGGUGGCGUAGUGCUGCUGUCAACAUGCACACGGAAGCUGACCGCCGCGAUCCAUGGAACGACCCCAAUCCGGUGAACCGCCCUACGCCCCAGAAGAUUUACGCGCGUGGCUUGGUUGAUCUCGCCAUUGCGACAACUGCACUGAGGGACUCUGAACUUCCAGAGACACUGGAGCUCGAUCGUACCCGCAUCUCGCGCAUUCGAGCAGACGCCCUUCGCAUCACCACGAUCGGCGGAAUUCUUUUGACAGCCAAGAAUCUCCUGAAGCGAGAUGUUCGCUCACAAUGGAAGCAUGAGGCCAACCGUGUACUAGAGUCGCUAAAGGAUGGCUACUUGAAGGACCCGGCUACGCCCUCCAAGAUUCUUUCGCUUUUGGAAUCCUCACAUCCCAUGCCACCAUCCACCCGCGCGCAGCUUUCGUCGACUAUCAAUCGCCUACUUACCCAGGCUGAAUCAGGCAAGCUGACCGACCCUGUCAUGAAAGUCCUGUUCCAGCGCCUGAAAACUCACAUCUUCAACCGUGUCUCUGCAAGCAGCUCGGGUGAGCGAGUCAAGGCAGCCAGCACCGCUACUGAGAGCCUCGCUACUACCGGUCUCCCAGAAUUUGUCGGGCAAGUCGGCGACAUUGUCGAGCAGCUUGGAAGGGUUAGUGAAGUGGACCGAAAAGCACACGGAAAAUGGUACGAGGAGAUUGCUGAGGAACUGGAGCGACAAGGUGCCGAUGGCGAGGAGUUGAGCAGGUCAAGCAGCAAUGACUCGACUGCCUCCACGUCAAGCUCCGCAUGAAAUUAUUGAUACUAUAUUUCUUUUGGGUACUCUAAAUGGUUCUUUGGUCUGGUGCCAACUCCUAUCUCUAGAGCCCUGACUAUUUCUUAUCGUUUGCACUGUCUUUUUAUUCAUUUGGGCUCGCCCGUAUCUCUUUCACAUGGCGUUGGUGAGUGGGAGCAUUGGCAUCACGCGAGGUUGGCUAUCUGGGUUCUUAUUUGCUUGGUUGAGAUAUCAUCGGACUCAAUGUCCCCGCACAUAUAUAUUCUUAUGGUUACGGAGGGAUUCUGGAGGGAGGGAAACAGUCGUUGAGCCCUACUCGCGAUUAUGCACUAAUGACA